CUAUAUUGACGUCUACAAUUAGCAAUGAUAUGUCGGCUCACUCGGCUGGUUUAGAUAUUUAUCAAAUUCAAACUGAUAAAACUCAAUUCUAAAUCAAUUUCAAACUCCAAAAUAAUUCAACCAAAUAUUUUAGAGAGAGAAAAAACGAAAAGAGUCCAAAACAAUGGCCCGAAGAAAUGGUGUUUUGCUACCUAUUGUUGCCCUUGUUCUUGGUCUACUCGCAAUUGGUCUUAGUUUUAUUGCUUAUUCCAAAAGGAUUAAGGUUGGAGACGUUUCCAACGUUAACGGGGUAUGCAGGUAUCCAAGCAGUCCAGCGUUUGCCAUAGGCAUAAUUGCUGCAUUAGUUCUUCUUAUUGAGCAAAUAACAAUUAGUGUUGGUAUGAGAUGCUUUUGCUGUUGUGGAAUACGCUGUUCUUCAAAGUGUGGUGCUAUUAUCUCAAUUAUCCUCUUCAUUUUCUCCUGGUUUGCCUUUGUCAUAGCAUUCAUAGGAUUGAUUUAUACUGCAAUGCUAAACAACCGCAAAUAUCUAGUACAAAAUCAUUCUGAAAACAAUAUUGACAGUAGCAUUUUAGAGGGUGGCAUUUGCUACAUUGGCAAGGAGAAUUUGUUUUUAGGGGAUGCAGUUUGGUGCAUAUUCAGCAUUGUUUCGGGUCUCUUCGCGUACAGUUUCCGGGUUUGUGCUACUCGUAACAGAAACAACAAUGAUAAUUACCAAGCUGGUUAUGGUAAUAAUAAUGCUGCUAAUUAUGGACAAACUGGUGUUGCUAUGGGACAACCUCCUCAUUCUCAUUUAUCAAAGGACAAAGUAUAAUGUAUAUUGUACUUAGUUUGAAGUUUAAAUAGUACGAGGUACAAUAGACUGUAUGUGACUAUUAUUUUCGAGCGAAGGUUAAUAUUUGGUAUAUAUGUGUAACACUGUAACAUACAAUUGUGACACACUUAAUUAUGAGGAGCUAUACACAUGCAUGAAGUACAUUGAUUUUUGUAA